AGGGCGAAAACGGGAAUAAAAUAGAAAACCCACCUUGUUACAUUAUCCACCCAACUCUCAAAACCCCAUUUCUCAAAGAGCAAAAUUUCACUUCAAACGAGAGAAAAGGGCUAAAUGGGUGAAGGAAAGCAAGGAGUAAUGGUGGAAAUGCCGAAUAGCAGCAAUCAAAAUCCAAUAACUCAGUUGCAAAACAAGUUCAAGGAAUUGGAAACUAACUUCAAGGGAUGGCUAUCGAAACAGUCACUUCCUGUUGAAGCUGCUGUUGUGACAGCAACAAGUGGGUUACAAGGUGCUGCAAUUGGUGGAUUUAUGGGAACACUUACACAAGAUGUCUCUUCAUCUUUGCCUACUCCACCUGCUGCUAAUCUUAAUCCCCAAGCUAUGGCCUCUUUUCAACAAGCCCAGGCUCUUGCAGGAGGUCCCUUGAUUCAGGCCCGUAAUUUUGCUGUUAUGACUGGUGUCAAUGCUGGCAUAUCUUGUGUAUUGAAAAGAAUUAGAGGCAAGGAGGAUGUGCAGUCCAGUAUGGCAGCUGCCUUUGGUUCUGGAGCACUGUUUUCACUAGUUAGUGGCAUGGGUGGCCCAAAUCCAGUACCCAAUGCUUUGACAUCUGGGAUUUUCUUUGCCCUUGUUCAAGGUGGACUGUUUGAGCUUGGACGGAAGUUUUCGCAACCACCUGCUGAAGAUACACAUUAUGCCAGAACGAGAUCACUGUUGUCAAGCCUUGGCCUGCAAAAUUAUGAAAAGAAUUUCAAGAAAGGGUUGUUGACAGACACCACCUUGCCUUUGCUCACUGAUAGUGCUCUUAGAGAUGUGAGGAUCCCUCCUGGGCCAAGGCUUCUCAUUCUCGAUCGUAUACAGAGGGAUCCAGAACUCAAAAAGACGAGAUGAGGAUGAACUCACUGCAGUUACAGUUGCAAAAGAUUUAAGUUCUCCUUUUGACUGUAUUCUGUAAUUUGAGAAGUAGUCAGUUUCAUGUUAUGCUUUAUAACGUUCCAGUGAACCCUAUGGAACUUCUUUGAGAUGUAACUGCUUGCCAUCAGAUAGAGGGCAGACAUACUAUUUGUUAGUUUUUUUUUUUUUUUUGAGCUAGAAACAUCAGCUUUGUCCACUAUUUAAAGAAAAGAAAAUUGGAGUGUUAUCCUUACUGUUCGGGCCUUUAGGGGAAUAAAACCUUUACUUCUACCCGA